GCCCCAGCCCUGUUCUCUCAGUGCAGGCUGUACCUCUGAACCAACAUGAAGCUACUGCUCGGAGACCUGUGCCUCUGCUUGGUUGUGGCUCUCUCGCUCUUCUUCCCUGGGAGCAGAGCAAGUCAUCACUGGACAUUUCGGGUGCCUAGGAGCUCGGGUCCACCCGACCGAUGUGACGGACUUGGAUUGGAUGCAGUCACUAUAAAUGAUCAUGGAACUGCUUACUAUUUCAGGAAUGAGUUUGUUUGGCCGGGGUUCCGGGCGUCACCCCAGCUCAUCCGCAACAUCUGGCCACAGCUGCCCACUCACCUCGACGCUGCCUUCCACAUACAUGAUCCCGUCCACCCAGAUUAUCACAACAGGACCUUCUUUUUCAAGGGGAGCCAGGUCUGGCAGUAUUUGGGCAACACUCUGGAAGGCACGUUCCAGAUCCGUGACAAAUUCCCGGGAGUUCCGGACAACCUUGAUGGAGCAACAGAGUGUCCCCAGGGAGAAUGCAUAAGCGGUUCCAUUCUGUUUUCCAAAGGAGACACCAUGUACGUGCUGGAUCUGAGCACCAAGACGCUGAAAGCAAAGAGCUGGCAAGGAGUCCGUGGCUGUUCAGCUAUGAUGCCAUGGAUCGACAGAUAUUACUGCUUCACAGGAACAACCUUCACUCGUUUCAACCCCACCACUGGGGAAGUUCCUCCGGGAUACCCGAAAGACAUCCGUGAUUACUUCUUCAGAUGUGAAGGCCGAGGCCACUGGAGCGGGAACACCACCAUUGACAAGAACGUCUUCAACCUCUGCAGCAACGUCCCCUUCGAUGAGUUUGAUGAGGAUGAGCUGGGGAGGGUCUACGCCUUCCGAGAUAAUUGGUACUUCCGGAUAGACAUGAAGCAAACGGGUUGGCACCCCUUGCCCCUGAACUCGAGUUGGACGUCCCUGCAUGGGAAGCUGAAUGGAGCGUUUAGCUGGGACAAGAAGAUGUACUUCAUCCAGGGAUCGCAGCUCUACAUCUAUAAAGCAAUUGCAGGAUACAGUCUGAUUGAAGGAUAUCCCAAACAAGUCAGCAACGAGCUCGGAAUUUCUGGCAUUCAAGUUAGCGCCACCUUCAUCUGCCCAAAUACGUCCCUGCUCUAUGUCAUCUCAGGGAACCACAUGUGGGUUAUUGAUCUGAAGCAGAGCCCCAGGGUGCCGGGUGACGGAGUCCGCAUUGGCCACCCGCAGGUGGAUGGUGCAAUGUGCAAUCGUAGGGGCAUCUAUCUGUUCAUUGGCACCCAGUACUACCAAUACAACUCUCCGUCUGAGCUGAGUGCGUGGAAUAACCUUCCAGAGCCACACAGCAUCAAGGAUGACUUUAUGCAUUGUUCGCGCAGAGGGACUCCAUCCCACCAUCGCUAACGGUGUCUGUCAUAGGGUCUGAUUCUGCAACAGCUCCCCUCCACACCGGCACGGUACAAGUAUCCAGGACACCAGAGUGACCUGUCCCCGGUUCACGCCAGGGUCACCAAGAUUCCAACGGCUUUGUGACCGAUUUAUUUGAAUAAAUUCAGCUCUGAGCAAA